UACCUAAUUUAUCACUCAUUUCGUAAGUAUUACGUAGUCAUAAUAUUUAAAGCCAUACAAGAAACAAGAAAGUCUAAAGUCCUGUGAGAUACCCUACAACUAGUUAGACUUUCAAUAUCCACAAAUUGGAAGUAUAUUUCAUUAUAUCCAUACGUUUUAUUUCAAUAAUUUGGUUUAUAUAUUAUUAUGUAACCAUUACACUUCGAUUUCGUUCACACAAUUUAAACGCCAAAUGUAUUGAUUUUAAUAAUUUUGUUUAUAUAACACGUAAAAUAAAAUAAAUAAUAAUUAUUGAAUCAAGAAGAGUCUCGUUAAUCGAAACACAAUAUUCCCACAAUCAGUCUUGCCUGCAAAUUCGUUUUCGGUAAUAAUUAUAAUAAAGUACAUUUAUUGGUGCCGAUCUAUAUUUCCUUAAAUUGGUAGAACAAAACGCUAUAAAUCGGUAUUUUUUUUAAAUUGUGAGAUAAUACAAUAUUACCUACUAUUAUGAAAUUAAAAACAUUAUCUACGCAUGUAUGAAAUCUAAGCUUUUAUUUAUGAAUUCCAAUAUUUCGAUUAUACACGUCACACUCCGAUUCUACACUAUAGGUGUCGCAUUAUUGUAACUCUGCUGUAAAAUUAAAUUAAUGGAUUAAUUUUAAAAUAAUAUUAAUAUGAAACAUAAUAUAAAUUCUCUAUUUCCUAUAAAUGUAUAUUAAAUAAACACUUUAUCAAUAAAUAUAUAUAAUAUUUUAUAUUUGUCCAAAAUUUUUAGUAUUUAGCAAAAUCCAUCAUUAAUUAUAAUUUAAUACGUCCUAUGUCAACCUACACUGUCAACACACACUAAAAAUUUCACUUUUAACCGUGGAGAAUAAUGCUGUAUACAUAAUACAAUAUUUACGAAUGAGGUCAACGAACAUAUUCCAAGAAUACAACGUGCACAGUGCAUUCGAACAAUAUUAUAGUACCUAUAAUAAUAUUACACAUAAAUAAAACAAUAAAAUAAUUUUAAAACUGCAAUUAUUUCAUUCAAAUAUGAAUUUGCUCCAAUAAUACAAAUUAUUGCAAAUAUGAAAUUUCUUAACAGAACUUAGAAGUACCCAUCACAUUCACUCGGCGUGUAGAUAAUUAUUUUAAUGUUUAAAGUUCAAACUCUAUAAUCACACCUGUCAAGUUCGGUACCACUUUACGAAUUUGUUGUUAAAUAACAUAAUAGGUACAUACCUAAUUAUACAUAAACUAUAAUUAUUACUAUAAGCAGGUUAGAAACAAUAAUGCAAUUAUUGCCAUUUAGUGUACCCGAGGUACGUGUAAAAAAAAUAUUUUAUUACAUUAUAAUACCUAUAGGUACGUCCUGCGCAUAGUAUAUUAUACUUCGUGUGUGCAGUUAUAUUUAAAUCCUUAAUAAGAUGAUUUUAUACUAUUGUUUUUCAUGUAAAUUUUCAAUGAUAUAUAGUUGCGUACCAAUAUAAAAAAAAAGUCUUGAUCAGAGUGCAAUAAUCAUAAUUACCUAUUUCUACAUAUUUUCCACAAAUCGCAAUACGUAUAGAUAUUAUCAUACCAGCAUUGAUUAUAGUUCAUACAAUUAAUAAUAUGGUACCAGCCACUGUUGAAAUCGCCGUACAAACAACAAAACAAUUGGAUAUUGUUUAACAAACAACGUGAUAUACAUAAUAUAAUAUAGUGAUAAAUCGGUUUUUUUUUUGUCUUUUAUCUAAUCCCGUUUGAUAGUCGAAUGACGAUAGGCAAUAUACGUAAAGCAAUAUAUACAUAAUAUCAUAACGAAAUCCAUCAAAUACCGUACACGGUCAGCAAACGAUCUAUUUAGUAUUCAGUCGACACGCACGCCGGUUGAUAGGUAACGUAAAUGAAAUAAUAUUUGGUUCAAUUUUUUUACACCCGUCCUAGCUCAGAAGAAGAAAAAAAAACUAUGAUCGUUUCCCGUCGUUUGCUGAGUGGUUUCCUGAUGAUCGCCUUAACCAUGUCCGUCCUACACAACGCGACGGUCGCAUCCGCAAGCGGAAACGAUGGCGGCGGCGGUGCAGGUGGUGGCAGUGUCGUUGAUGGUGGUGAAGGCGUAACGCCGUCACCGUCGCUGAUGGACCGAGUGUCGGGCGUAAUGGACAGCGUCAAGAUGCAGGCGUCCGAGACGCUUGACGGGGCGGGAGCCGCGGCCGGGAACGCGGCGUCCGUGCUCAGUCGCCUCCAACCGAGCGUGACCAAGCCGAUAUCGGAAAUCGGCGGCGGCGGCGGAAUUCGUAUUACUGAGAAGAAACUGCCGUCAGGCGACAACGCGCUGGGGCGGCUGCAGGAGACCAAGGGGCGCACCGUGGCCGCGGCCAAGAAGGUGAUGGACGAGACCAUACACAAGCUGCAGUCGACCGUGAGUGACAUACGGCGGACGGUCAGCGGCGAUGACCGGGACGACGUCGGCGGUGACCGGAGAAUCAGCAACGCGCUGGACAGCCUGCUCCGGGCCGUCGGCACGGAGGGCAAGGCGGUGUUCGAGUACGCGUCCGACGUCAUCAAUGAGACGGCCGACCGUGCCAAGGCGGCUGUCGACAAGGCCCAGCAACAACAAAAGCCGGUGCGACAGCCGAACCAACAAUGAUUAUAAUUCAUAAUAAUUAAAUACUAUUAUAAUAUAAUUAUUUCGCGUUACAUGACACUGUUUGCGAGUAUACGUCAUAAUACUAUAAAAAAUAUUUUAUACCAAUAAAAACAAUUGUCCGUUUAAUAAUAAUUGUACAUUUAGUAAUUAAUAAUUAUUAAUAAUAUUUUACUGUUUUACAAUAUAUUUGUAUAAUAAUAUUA